AUGGCUGACGUGAUCCAACAACAGGGUGGCCCACUGCAGAAAGUGAUCAUCAAGUAUCCUGAAGUAGAGAAGCAGAGAGAGAAUUUCAACCAAACUCCUGAGAUGAAGUGUCUAGAAUUUGAAGUUGAUAUCAAAUACUUUAGAAAAUCCCGGACCACCGGUCACAACGUCUCAUACUACUGCAACUACGCAGACUCCCCAGCUGUUGUCGACUCUUUCUCAAAGUUCAUCUGUAAGGGAGACGAUCCACGCGUGUGUCAGACCAUCGUGAACUCCUCAACGCCUGAGAACGAAAGGUUUUCAAUGAAAGACGAGAAAGAUCACAGAAAUAUCAUAGUAACCAUGAGAGAGCUGACAGUGAAAGACAGCGGGUCGUACUGGUGUGGAGCAGAAACCUCCGACGGAGAAGGCGGGAAAAUCUUCUUCAAAAAACUCUCUCUGACAGUCGGGCCUGCACAGUCAUCCUCCUCAGCCUCUCCUUUAAUCCUGACGACUGAACCUUCUGUGGGGAGUCACAGCGGCUCUCAGGCCCACAUCAGUGUGGUCAUCCGUGUCGUCCUGGUGCUGCUGCUGCUGCUGCUUGUGCCAGUUUCAACUCUCAUCUACAAACGAUGUUCAGCGUCAAAAACCUCAGCAGCACCGAAUAGAAACAGCACCAAGGAGGAUUCCAUCUAUGAGGAGAUGAAAGCACGCCCCCCCCCCAUGCCAGACUAUGUCAACAUGCCCAUUGGAGCGGCGAGUGACGUAGACGGAUGAUCUACAGCAAACCUUCCCACAAUGCACCCCGUCUCCCUCUAUCACACCACCAUCAACAUUCAGAGGCGCCCUGAUCGAGACGCUGAUGAUUCAAAGAUCCACAAGCACGAGUCCUGCCAAUAUGUGGCUGUGAAGUGUAAAGUGCCAUG